AAAAAAACAAAAUAGAGUUAUCGUCAUCAUUCACCAGAUUAUUUGUGUUCUUGCUGCUCUGUAUAUUAUCCACUACAAGGCUCCUGCAGUCCUACUUCAGAUUCUAUUUUACUUGUAAUUUAAAUGUUAAUUUGUAUAUAUUUGGCCUACUAAAUGGAGCUUUCUUCACCUUUCAAGCCUCUUGCAAACCAUCACACUCCUGAUUUCUCAUUUUCCUCCUCUCUUUCACCUUUUCCACACCAAACCCACUUGAAAAAUCCAAUAUUUAGCAACCCCUCUUCAUCAAAAUUUCAUCUUUUUGCAGUUGCAGUGAACCCCCAAGAACUCCCCCCAAAUAGCCCUCAAAGGCUUCUAAGAGAGCUUGCAGAGAGAAAAAAAGUUGUGUCCCCAAAAAGAAAAGUACCCCCUAAAAGAUUUAUUCUUAGACCCCCACUUGAUGAUAAAAGAUUGGCUGAAAGGUUUCUGAAUAGCCCACAAUUGUCACUUAAGUCAUUCCCUUUGUUGAGUUCUUGUUUGCCCUCGACUCGACUUAACAAUGCUGAUAAAACUUGGAUUGAUGAGUACUUACUUGAGGCUAAACAAGCACUUGGGUACCCAUUGGAGCCUUCUGAUACUUAUGGGGAUGAUAAUCCAGCUAAACAAUUUGAUACUUUGUUGUAUUUGGCUUUUCAGCAUCCACAUUGUGAGAGGACUAAUGCGCGGCACAUAAGGUCUGCACAUUCAAGGUUGGGGUUUUUGGGACAGUAUGUGCUUGAAUUGGGAUUGGCUGAAUUUUUCUUGCAGAGGUAUCCAAGGGAAUCGCCUGGUCCGAUGAGGGAACGAGUGUAUGCUCUGAUUGGGAAGAGAUAUCUUCCAAAGUGGAUUAAAGCUGCUAGCUUGCAGAAUUUGGUGUUUCCAUUUGAUAAUAUGGAUAGGCUAGUCAGGAAAGAUCGCGAACCGCCAGUAAAAUCUGUAUUCUGGGCUUUAUUUGGGGCUGUAUAUUUGUGUUUUGGUAUGCCGGAAGUUUACCGUGUUCUGUUCGAAGUAUUUGGAAUGGAUCCUGAAGAUGAAGAGUGCCAGCCUAAAUUAAGGAGACAACUUGAAGAUGUUGACUACGUCUCUGUAGAAUUUGAAGCAAAAAAAAUUAGUUGGCAAGAUGUUGCUGCAUACAAGCCACCUGAAGAUGCUCUUUUCGCACACCCAAGGCUUUUUCGGGCAUGUGUUCCACCAGGAAUGCAUAGAUUUCGAGGAAAUAUAUGGGAUUAUGAUAGCCGACCCCAUGUUAUGGAAAAACUGGGCUAUCCUCUUGCAAUGAAGGAUAGAAUUCCAGAAAUUACAGAAGCCAGAAACAUUGAACUUGGACUUGGAUUACAGUUGUCUUUCUUGCACCCAUCAAAGCACAAGUUUGAGCAUCCGCGCUUCUGCUAUGAGCGACUUGAAUAUGUUGGCCAAAAAAUCCAGGAUCUUGUUAUGGCUGAAAGGUUGCUCAUGAAGCAUCUGGAUGCCCCAGGGAGAUGGUUACAGGAAAGACAUAGGCGUCUUCUUAUGAACAAGUUCUGUGGAAAGUAUUUGAGGGAAAAAAAUCUUCACCGCUUUAUAAUUUACAGCGAUGAGGUCCAAGACUCUUAUGAGCACAACCGCAGACUUAGAAAUCCAGCCACGACUUCUGUUCAACAAGCAAUUCAUGGUCUCUCAUACACUAUAUAUGGAAAACCGGAUGUUAGGCGCUUAAUGUUUGAGGUUUUUGACUUUGAGCAAAUCCAACCCAAAGCUAUUAUUUGAGACAGUGUCACAAUAGCACUUCUCGCAGAUUCUUGGACACUUGACUGAUGCAACUUGAAAGUAAGGAGAAUAUGCAUUUAUGUAUGUUUUGUGAAACAAUAUGCAAAGUUGUUAAAGUAGAAUGAUAUAUAGUUGAACAACAUUAGUGAUGCAACAGUUAGAAGUCAAAAUUAUGUUUAGAAUCUUUUUAAACGUUCAGAUGUGCAAAUUUUAUUGAUGUAUAUAAAGUGAAUACAUAUUUGGGGACA